ACAAGCAACAAGUUAUAAACGGAAUAAAAUUUUAAAGGAAUUUUUUAUUUAACAACAAAAAAUUUAGUUUUGUAAUAAAAAAAAAUAACAUAAAACAACAACAAAAAAAUGAUUACCAUGAACGAAUUAGUGGAUUUAAGAAUGCAACAACAAAUUGCCCAUGAAAUACUUUAUCGGCAACAAAUUAUGCAACGUAUACCCGAUCCAUUUGCUGCCAUGAUGCCCGCCAUGCAUCAUAUGCCAGCACAAAUGUUAAUACCCUCUCAUCCCCCCUUGCCGGGUGUAGAGGCCAAAUUGGAGAAUAAUGAUUUAUGGCAACAAUUCCAUAAAAUUGGCACCGAAAUGAUUAUCACCAAAAGUGGAAGACGUAUGUUCCCCUCUAUGCGUGUUUCUCUUAAGGGUUUGGAAGAGGAGUCACAAUAUUGUGUUUUGAUUGAAAUGGUACCCAUUGGCGAUUGCCGUUAUAAGUUUUCCGGUUCUCAAUGGGUACCCGCCGGUGGUGCCGAACCUCAGUCACCUCAAAGAAUGUAUUUACAUCCCGACAGUCCCGCCAACGGUUCUCAUUGGCAAGCUCAACCCAUACUCUUUAAUAAGGUCAAAUUGACCAACAAUACUUUGGAUAAUAAUGGUCAUAUCGUUUUGGCCAGUAUGCAUAAAUAUCAGCCACGUAUACAUGUGAUACGUACCAAUGAUUUGGCGCAAAUACCCUGGGCUCCUCAGCAGGCCUUUGUCUUUCCCGAGACCGAAUUUGUAGCAGUAACCGCUUAUCAGAAUGAUCGCAUUACAAAAUUGAAAAUCGAUAACAAUCCCUUUGCCAAAGGUUUCCGUGAGUCUGGACAAUCGAAAUGCAAAAGGAAAAUGUCUCUAUCACCUUCGCCCUCGGAGGAAAAUCAAAAUAAUUCCUCUCAUUGUGAUGACGAUCAAUCGAGUGUGGCCAGUAGUCAAGAUUCACCACAAGCUAAGCGCUUAUGUAUGCGCGAGGAUCCCUUACCCUAUAUGGAUUUAAAUAAUGUCAUGCGUUAUGCUCUACAACCCAAUAUGAAUGAUAUGUUAUCGCCCGCCUUCUUUCCUCAACUAGCACAACAAGCUAUGCCCUUGUUUAUGCCUACCAUGCCCUCUUAUAUGGAACCUUUAGCGGCUCAAAGACUGCCAUAUCAUCAGCCUUCUUCGGAUUAUGAUUACACAUCGGGGAAUGAUGAAACCUCCAGUCAAAUUUCCUCCUCACAUGAAGAACAUAAUCCUGAGCUAUUUGUAGAUGUUGUUAGUACUUCUUCAGAGGAAUCACAAGAUUCUGCCGCUCUUUUGCCCUCCAACACCUCCCCCAGCACCUCACCAAGACUGUCGGUUUGUGAGCCGCCUGUAAAACGUAGUAGUUUUAGCAUAUCCUCCAUAUUGGGUAGCAAUACCCGCAGUGCUGUCUCUGUUUAA